AUGUCGACUAAAGAAGAAGAUGUCUUUACCUCUGAUACAACGCCGUUGCCUAAGGAGCAACGGCAUCCAGUGAAAUGGUAUCGAAGUUCGAUGUUCGCCAUAUUAUUGCUUGGUUGUUGUAACCUCGCGGCUCCGGGGAUAUGGGGAGCCAUGAAUUCACUUGGAGCAGGUGGAAGCCAGUCACCGCAGACUAUCAAUGCAGCUAAUGCCCUCACGUUUUGCUUAAUGGUUGUUUCAUGCUACUUCUCGAGUGUCUUGGUUCGCUAUAUUGGAGUCAAGGGGGCCUUGGUGUUUGGAACAAUGGGAUAUGCUCCCUAUGCAGCUGGCCUGUACACCAACAACAGAUUUGGCAUCACUUGGCUGGUAAUCCUGGGCGCAGCGCUCUGUGGAAUAUCAGCUGGAGUAUUUUGGGCAGUGGAAGCAGCUAUUGCCAUUGCUUAUCCAGAACCAUGGAACCGCGGAAAGGCUCUAGGCUUUUGGUUGACCUUCCGUGUUAUGGGCCAGAUCAUCGGUGGUGCCGUCAAUCUAGGCUUGAACAGUGACAGAAACGAAGCUGGAAAGGUGUCUUACGCCGUCUACCUCGUCUUUAUCGCAAUCCAGGCAGCUGGUGCUCUAGUUGCUCUGUUGUUAAGUAAGCCUGAGUACGUACAGCGUCAGGAUGGCAAGAAAGUCCAGCUGUCCAUCGUGGAAAGCCCCUGGUAUGAGAUCAAGGCAACUGCAAAGGCCUUUGUGAACCCACAGUUUCUCUUGAUCGUCCUUUGGAUUGGACAGGCAGUGUUUUCGGAGGCCGUUUACUUCACUUACCUCGCCUUGUGGUUUUCCGUGCGCGCCCGAGCUCUCGGUUCAUUUUUGGGUGGUAUCGUUGCAAUCAUUAUUGGCAAUCUCACUGGCUGGUGGCUCGACUAUAACAAGGCAUCAUUGAAGGUGCGCGCAAGAUAUACGUUCUGGUUCAUCGUCGUAACUCAAGGCGCAUGGUGGCUUUGGGCCACAGUCCUUGCAACAAGAUAUCGAAAAACUCUUCCCACAUAUGACUGGACAGAUGUUGAAUUUGGAUCUGGUUUCGGAGUCUACAUCUUCCUCACUUUUGGGUUUCAGAUCAACUACCUCUUCCUCUACUUUGUCGUAGCCCAAAUAGCCAAGAACCAAGGCGACGUUAUUCGAUAUGCUGCUCUGCUACGUGGCACGGAAUCCGCUUGGCAAGCAGUCAGCUAUGGAUUGACUUCUCUGACGGUUUUUGCCCAAGUUGGUGGAAUCUACAUGAAUUUUGCUCUUUGGGCCAUUGCCAUCGUCCCUGCUUGGUUAGUGAUAAGACGCUUUGGCAACGAUGAUGGGCAGUGGGAUCAAGAGUCAGGCGGAUCAAAUGAAUCUCCUGCGGCCUUGGCUGAGGAGACUUUUGCUUCGACAAAAGCACCUUAG